AUGGCAGUCCCGCCGCUCUCUCUCUACCCCUCCUCCACGCCGUCACAACAACACUCUUCCCACUCAACCCGACCUCCAACUCCCACCCCAAUCCACUCUUUGUCUUUGCACGACUAUCGGAGGCAGCAAGCAUCGCCGAGCACGCCGGGCUCAUCCACCGGACGCCGUCUCAAGAGGAAGCCGGCCGCCCGCGCGCUGAACACGGUCGAGCAGUUCCCUCAAGACUUCAACUGCUCGGUCGUCUCGCUCCCAGCGACCAGGCGCGCGCAGUCAGACCGGUUCGCAGGCAAUCGGCAAUCUUUACGCCUGUCUUCCUUCCGAUCGUUACCUGUCCUUCCACCUUCAGACAACAGCCCGUCGUUUGACUUACCUUCUCCAUCCUCACCUCCGCGCGACAUCACCAACGCCUCCGCUUCGCCCGCUUCGCACAAGCCGCGCGGCUUUCAAGGCGCACUCUCUCCAUCUCCCCGUAGUUGCGACUCGAAGACUCUGUUCAAGUCACGCAAGCGCCUUCCGCGACCGAAAGACGUUGAGAUCCGCCCCGCUUCCCGCCAGGCUCUUCCGUCAGAGCCUUCAAGCCUGGACUUGCUCGCAACUGCGGGUCUAAGGGAAACUUCUACCUUCACCCUUUCCAAGUUCCAGUUUCCUUUGCCACCUGACAACUUUAACCAAAACCCUCCGGUCGCUCCGGCGGUGUUGCACUUCAGAGGCGCCUCGUUUGACGUGGUGAACCCUCAUAAAUCGCUUUAUCUUUGUACUUUAGAAGCGCCGGAAGACCAAGAUUUAGAACACAAUGACUACCAUCAUAGGAAAACUUCGCUUGAACCACUGCUACCAGCAGGUAUGGAGAGCCCAGGCUCGUUCGAGAAUGGCAAAAGGGCAUUCUCUGCACCAGACAAGCCUGUCCGUCCGCUGUACAACGACUUAACGGCGGCUUACUCCUCUAUAACGAAGCACGACGUGCCCGAGUCGCAGCCCAACCUUUCUCCCCCUUCAUUGACGGGCUCACUUCGUUCAACUCGCAGGCCUGGUCACGACAAUGCUCGCAUCGUCGCCCAACAGUAUCCAACUGCGCCACUGCCCCCCACACCCGCUAUGCUGAGCCCCAGGGGAGCCUAUACCCAAAUACCGGAUGUACUGGAGCCGGAGCCUAUGCCAUCGCCGCGCAUUACCCAGAAUUCCGACGAUUCGCCGUCUUUUCUUCAACGGGUUUUCAACAGGAAGAAUCGAGGUUCCCAAGAGCCCGCUCUUGAAGGCUCUACCGAGCUCAAACCGAUGCCAAGGAAGCGUUUGUCAAAGGGAUAUCGCAAUGCUUUUGCUGGCACCAUGUACUCUGCGCCUGUGGUAGUACCAGACGAAGAGAGGGCUGUCCCGGAUCCACGCAUCUCCUUAUCCGAUACGGAGAUAACGCCGAAGAACUACUACGAUUAUUACGAUGCAGCCUCAAUCUAUCCCACUGAGUCGCACGCAGGUGAUACGAAGUCUUUGUUCGUUGAUGUCCCAGGAAAUCGCCGAAGCGUCCCGUUUGGAGUCAAGGAACGCGUGACGGAUUAUUCAAGUGAAGCCGACAUCACAUCAUACGCCUACGAGUUUGUCACCUCACCGCGCGCCAGCCAAUAUUAUCCUAAUUCCAGUCAGCACUUUCUUGGAGUAAACCCAGACCCGAAGGAUAGCACACUCGGAUCUCAGACUUACGGAAGUAUCAUCAACGAUUACGACUACACACACAGUGGUAAUGUUACUGAAGGGUCCCUCGAAAAUCUCAUCCGCCUCCACGAAGAAAACCUCGCGUACCAAGAUGCUCAUGCCGCAAGCCAACACUCAUCGCAUGCCACAUUGCGACCCCCCGUGGCUGGUCUAAGCCAGUUCGACUUUGGGCUGGAGCAUGCCAGUCACCACAGCGGCAGUGUGAUAUCAAGUCCUACCACUCCAGGACCAAAGACCCCAGAAGACGGCGCUUUUCCGCGGAUUCCUGGAAUCAUCAGAGCCUCAGCAGGUGCUCCUCCAGUCGUGCCUCUUCCUGAGCUGACUUCUCCCACUGAGCUCCUGCAGCCGCAGGUUCCUUUCUUUCGGGACGCUUCUGGUGUUUCGAGUGAACUUUCCCGUCGUGGUUCGUACGGUGACACGAGAAAGUUGCUUGGUAUUUCAGGAAACCUCGAUUCGCAAAGCUUCGGACAGCUGUCUGUUCCCAAUAGCACUACUUCUCUGAGGUAUCCGUACGCAAGGUCACCUGCUAGGGUCAAUGAAGCUGCUGAGGCUCGUGCCCUAGAUGCUCGCAAGGUCUCUGCAGUGGAUCAUUGUGAGCUUCCGAGCGGCUUUCAAGCAAAGGGCCUUGACGAAGUGAGCCCUCAAAAUGAUAGCAGCAACUCAAACAGAAAUGUCUUUUUGGUGUCCGAAACCGCGUCUCCUCGCAAGACUUCUCAGAGCCGCCCUCCACCUUCGCGUCAAAUGAGCACCCAAGGUGGUCGUGUGACUCCUUCGGAAACGUCUAUGGCAAGCCCUCUACGCAAGCAAGCUAUCAUAGCAAAUGCCGAGCAUACCCAGCCUGAACCUGGCUCAGGCGGCAUUCCGAUGAUGUGGCGUAAAGCUUCUCCCGGGCCUCAGAUGAAGUUUGCAUUCGAAGUUCCAGAAUCCGAUGCCGGGAACGAAGACGAGGACACCGAUGGUGACUGGGAGACUAUCGGACCGAGUAGGCCGCAUCUAAAGCGCGGAGAGGACAGUUUUCUACACUCCGCUGCGGACAGCAUGAACUCUAUGGUUGGUAGGCAGCCGCAAGUCUCGCUGUAUGACCUCAUGCGAGAUGGUGAACUCGACCCGAAGUUUGACUUUUCUAACUGCCCGGUACCGGAGAUCACGGUAAAGCAUUCCAAUACGAAUCCGUGGAGCUCCCCCAAGCGGAUGGACGAAGACCACGUCAAUCCUUUCAAUACCCCUCCACCUGGUUUGUCACCUGCGAUUCCCAGGUUCCCGAACGAUAGCCAACUCACUUUUCUCAACCCUGAUAAGCGGACUUCCAAUGCCCAUUUUGAUCAGAGAGACAGCAUCGUUGAGGAGGGCUCUAAUCCUCAAAAUAGGACUGCAGCACACGCAGGCGCAUACGAUUCGAUCUCUAACCAGACGCUUUUCAGGGAUUUUGCGGACGCUCCAGAUGCCGGACUGAACAGUACUAGGAGCGAAUUGGAGCCUGAUCGCGAUAAUUCGUUCGAAAAGCUCACCGUUCUUGGUCCCAAGGGCAACCUCACCGGUACACCUAUGGGCACUAGCAUGCGUGAGGUAGGAAGCAGCUUGGCUCCUUCCAGUACCCCUCAGCCCACAUGGUCGAGUCAACCUGAUCAGCCGAGUUCGUCGACACCUGCCCCCAUUCAUAUUCGUUCGCCUCAGUCUCAUUUUAGUCCUUCACACCAGUCGCCUCUAGCACGCUACAGCUCAGGCGUCAGCGAUCACAUCGAUGCCAACCCAGAGGCCUCCAGAGGAGAUCGCCAUUCGAAGUAUAAAGAGACGCUUCUCAAGCUCCGCGAAGAGGCAAAAACUCAAGUGCGCAGCGGUUCCAUGUCUGUAUCAUCUCCGCCUAUGCCUGUCAGCCAUGGAAAGCAGCGUGCUGCUUCCAUGUCUCGUCCUGCUGUCAGCGGCCAGAAUAAGUUGAGAGGCCUACGCAUCCAGCCGCCGGGCGCCAAGUCAAUCCGUAGCAAUCACACGCACGCGUCAUCGCUCUUCCCGGCACCCUACAACCACUACGAGUCACGUCCUACGUCCAACAGCACGGCGGUUCCGCUUAACCCACGGUAUAUUCGCUUCGGCGGCCACACACCGGUCCUGCAGCGUCUUCCGCGGCCUCGCUCUUCGGCUUGCACCAUGACCGCGGACCUCAAGAACCGCGAGUCUUGGGUUAUCUUCUUCAUGUGCUGCGCCUGGUUUCCUCCGCUCGCUGUCGCAUACGGCGCUGGCAUGUUCGACCCUGUCAUGAUUCGUCGCACCAACGGCUUGAUCACUCAAUGCGGUAAAGGCCACAAGGGCUUUGCCCUCACUUAUGGUAUCAUAGGCACGGUUGCUGCAAUUGUCUCCGCCAUUUUCGUGGGUAUCUUCCACGCCUUGAGGCAGUGA